UCGAUGGAAUGCGCUUCUCACGUUGAACAGCCCCCAACUCUCACGGAUUUUCAUUUAUAGCUCCUUUAUUUUUGUCAGUAGCCUACUUUGUUUAAAAUUGUUUCGUCUUUGUCUAUCGUUUUAUUUGGGCCAUACCGUUAGUUUAAAAGUCCGCUAAACGCCUCACAAGGUGAUUCCGUGCGACUGGCUCUAGGAUGGCGACGCCCACAGAGGUCACGACCGUGUUUUACACGACGAUGAUGGCGUCCCUGGACACAAACGCCACCCACGUCCCCGAGGCGGCGCAGAACGCCACUUCCUGUGAGGCGUGGGAGGAGGCGCACCACCUGCUCUUCCACCUGGGGAACUUGUUCCUGGCCCUGGGCCUGGUCAUCCCCACCACGCUGGGCCUGCACAUGAUCCUGCUGCGCGUCAUGUUCAUGACCGGAUGCUGCCUGUUCAUUGCCUGGGCGACGCUGUAUAGAUGCGCCCUGGACAUCAUGAUCUGGAAUGUAGUUUUCCUCAUCAUCAACUUCAUGCAUUUCUUCUACUUGCUGUACAAAAGGAGACCGAUUAAGAUUGACAGGGAGCUGAAGUCAAUGUACAAGCGGAUGUUUGAGCCUUUGCAUGUGCGGGAGGACAUGUUCCAGCGGCUGACUGGGCAGUUCUGCACCAUACAGACCCUGAAGAAGGGCCAGUUGUACGCGGCUGAGGACAAGACCUCAGUGGACGAGCGCCUGAGCGUCCUUCUCAAGGGAAAAAUGAAGGUGUCGUAUCGUGGCCAUUUCCUCCACAACAUCUAUAGCAAUGCCUUUGUCGACUCUCCCGAGUUCAGAUCCACUCAGAUGAACAGGGGCGAGAAGUUCCAGGUAACCAUCACUGCCGAGGAAAACUGCAAGUUCCUGUGCUGGUCCAGAGAGAGACUGACAUACUUCCUGGAGUCUGAUUCCUUCCUGAAUGAAGUAUUCAGAUACCUAAUUGGCAAAGACAUCACCAACAAGUUGUACUCCCUCAACGACCCUACUCUGAGUGACAAGGCAGUGAAGAAGAUGGACCGGCAGCCGAGUCUGUGCUCUCAGCUGUCCAUGAUGCAGAUGAGGAACAGCAUGGCCAGCACCAGCGACACGGACGACGUCCUCAACCAGUUCCUGCGAGGAAGCUCCGGGUCUUCGCUCCAAAAGUCCCCUGCGACAAAGGCAAUGAAGAUGAAGCCAAUUGAGGAAACCAUAGAAGACGACGUCUUUGAGCCUGACUCCCUGACUGACAACCCCGCCCCUAAGAUGUCCACAGAAGACCUGGAAAAGGCCUAAAAAUCACUGACACAUCCUGAAGCAUAGGGUUUGCCCCUAACACAGUCCUGUAAAGAGGGGUACCCCUACAACCCUUCCACCUCAUCCUGAACCGGCCAGCCCCUCAGAAAUGCCUGCUGAAAUCCCCAGAUUGGAAAAUCAAGAUUGGGUUAGAAGUGCUUUUACACUUAAAGGUACAUUUCUGUUCUGGGGUAAUAAGAUAUUCACUCUGUGUUGUUGGUUUAGGAUUGCAUUCACUGUCAGUCAAUACCUCCACCCCAGUACACACACACACACACACAUGUGCAUCGGUACAUGCGUACACACACACACACACACUCACACACACAUGCAUGGGUCCACGCGUACACACGUAAAUAUUUACAUUUACAUAAUGAUGCAAACAAUGUAAUGUUGAACUGAUCUGAAAAACCCUGAUGCUAAUUAGAGCUUGUCAUUGAACAGGAUGGGGCAUUCCCGGGUUGGUGUUGGCGUGUUGAUUCUCAUGAACACAAAACACUUAGUCAUAAUUAGGUAAAGACAACACAGUGCGUAAUAGAGAAAAAAAGAGGUUUAUAAAUACAUUCUUGCUACUAGAGUUUCAGUUAACCCACCUGCUCCUGAUUGCUGGAACAGCUUUUUUUCACAUAUAAGGGAGUUUAUUACUGUACUCUUUUACACACAAUAUUGUAUUCAUAUAAUAUAGUAUUCAUAUUUAUAAUAUUCAUAUUGAAGGAAAAAUUCACACCAUUUUAUGUAAUGCAUAUGUUGCUCCUUGUAUUGUGAUAGUAAAUGUUUUUUGCAAUUCUGUAAGAUUCUGCAAAACCAGUCACUUAAUAAUAAAUCAGUCAUGCAAUUCCCAUCGAUCAUUUCACCAGCAUCCUGUAGCCAGUAUCCUGCCAGCAACACUCCCACGGGCUAUGGGAGUGUGAGACAAGGGAAAUGUGAAAAUGUCUAUGAGCACUGUAUUUCAAGAUAAAGUUUAAAAUACAGAAAUUUCACAUUUCUCCUUUAAUAUGAUAUUGUCGUACUGUGGACAAUGUCUACAUCAUCUGUAAGUCGCUUUGGAUAAAAGCGUCAGCCAAAUGACAUGUAAUGUAAUGUAACAUCAGGAAUCUUCAAAUCUGGCCCUUAAUCCCCCUCAGUUUUUAUUUUCACCCAGGUAAUUCACUGAACCAUUAGUGUGACUGAUUGGCCAGACUCACACUGGACUCCCGGGUAAAGGGAAGGUGGAGAACAAGCAGUUCUCAGCCCUCGAGGACCAUGGGCUCACUCCAGUAUCUAAUUUUUCUCAUCUUUUAUCUUUUACUUGCUCCUGACCUGAACAUCGAUCGAGGUCCACCAUCUUUAAGGAUAUUCCGAUCACUUAAAUGUUGUUCUAGGAGCUAGUAGUAGAAGUUAGGAACUCCCAAUCUUUCCUUUGAGCAAGAAAACAUCAGCGCAUCCUUUGCGGAAGUAAUUUUUUGGAAGGUCUGACAUACAAAUGAUCGACCUGUAGAUCCACCUCUCCCCAUUUGCCACGUCUGUAUCUGAAGUGGCUUCGAUCUUACGUUUGAAGGAGCAAGGACAUUCCAUUUGCCUUACCAUUUUGCCAUCGCGUUUUCUCGAUUUCCCCGUCCUUACUUAUUUUUGAAAAUCUUUUCCUAACCUCUCCCAAUGGGGGGAGUAAGGGGCAAGAAAAGGAAAAAGAGGAGAGAAAUAAGGGAUCGGAAUAAGCCCCGUGAUUUAAUGAUCCCUGCCCUACACCUUAAAGCUGCUGUGUCUUGAAUGAAUCUAUUUCUCUUUUUUUAAUGCAGGCAUUGCACAGGGUUUUGUAGUGAGCUUGUAAGUCCCCUGUUUGCAUUAAUCUUGGUCUUUUAAUACCAGUUAUUUAGCAUUUUACAAAUGUUGACUGCAUAAUAAAAUGAAAAGUCUACUUCAGUUCAGUUCAUCACAUCUGUUUAAUUGGUGUGAAUUUAUGCUAAUUUAGUGUUUAUUUAUACUUGCUAAAUGGAGUCACAAAUUGUAAAUAAACAUAGUAAACCUAAAUAAAUGUGCACUACUGGAGAUAGGACAUGAUGAGUGAACUGCAGUAGACCUUGGCCAUGUCUAAAACGGCUUACUUGCUUACUAUUGCAAAUUAAAUUGAGUACACUCAAUGACUCAAUGAAACGUAGUAUUGAUGUUAUACGUAUGCAUUUCCAUGGUUUUGCUGAGUGUGCAUGUGUCCAAAACAACUGUGUCCUCAAAAUGUGUUGUCUACUAAACAUACUGCAGACUGCACAACAUAUCCGCAAGCCACCUUCCAAUCUUCGAAGAUGCCUGCCCUUGUAAUAAAAAGGCGCUUCCUCUCUAAAAGUAUGGUUUACUUCCUGAAAAGUCUGCUCGCGUAUAUACUCAGCGAAACAUAGUAAACACAGUACGUGUAUUAAAGUACACUAUAUACUAAUAUUGCCUGGGUAAAUUUCAUGGCCUGCAUUUGGGAACACACUGUAUACUAAUAUAAGUAAGCAGCAUGUCUAGUAGACUUAUUUUGAGGACACAGUAGUUCAGAGACCCUUUCAGACAUAGCCAUCUACAUAUGAUUGUUGUUUGCAAUGUAAGAUUUUGUUUUCAUUGAUUACCAAUUCCCAAUUAUUUGGCAGUUGUUUUCAGCCAGACCAACUUGCCAAUUCAUACCCAUAUCAUAAACAUGUGAGCAUUGAUCCUGAGCAGAAUCAUCUGAAAAAACCUAGGGCUUGAACGGGAUGUUUCUCAACUGCAAGGUAGACUGGAUUAUAUUGUCUCUCUGUGUGUUCUAGCUCCCUAAAAGACCAUGGGCUGGUUUACUAGACCUGGCCCAUUCCAACUCUUAUAGAAAAACCCAAUGAAGGUCUCCAUGGAAAAAAGGUUUUAGUAUAGGACUAGGCUUAAUCUCUGUCUGGGAAACCAGUCCCAUAUGUAGUAGAAGUUGCCUUUGUCUGUGGAGUUGCACAUUAUGUGCACUUUUAUAUUUUUCUUCACUUGAUGUUAGAUUAGCAGCCUGCACAUACUUUCCUGAUAUUACAUUUACUUUACUGCCUAUUAAAACAUAGCAGUUUGAAUGUAAACUUGAAUGUUCUUGAAGCCAGAGAAAGCCUUUUUCCUCAAGGAUUUAUCCAGCUUCAAAACCAUGGAACUCGGAUGUGUAGAAUCACUUUUUCACUAUGGUUGAUGGAUAGAACACUAGUGUGCAGUGAAAGAAAUGUGAAAAAUAAAUAAAAUGCCAAUUGGUUUUCUGUUAUUAAUUUACAGUGCCGUCUAUUGACUGCUGCCAUUAAUCACAAUCUAAGCCAGCCAUUUGUGCGCUACAACUGAUUGGAUCUUGAAAGUGUGAUUUAUGGUUAUGAAAGCUGUGACAGUGAUAAGUAUUUAUGUAUAAGCUUUACGAUAUCGUAUGGCUGGGCCUGUUAGCAAUGAGACCACUCACGAUCACCCAUUCCUGAAGCCUGACAACUAGUCCAGCUGGUAUGGCACCAAUGGUCUGAGCUGUUGUUAAAGGGAUUGGCCACUUUCUGGAGUUUUAAAGAUAUGUCAAGUUUUUUACUGGAGUUACUUGAUGUUUUUAUUUUAUUUUAUUUUAAACCACAACCAGUUAUUGUAAAGCCAGUGGGUUGUCAAAUUUACACAUCUAAAAUGUCCUUAAUCACUGAUUGAUUGUCUGAAUGUUUACAAUAGCAUUAAAAUAAGACUCCAGAAAGUGACCUUUACUUUUAAUGCAGUAGAAUUGCUGUUGUAUACCGGACAAAUUCUUGCAAGACAUAAAACUAUCCAGACACUGAGUUACUGCCAAUAUAAUAGGUUUAAUUUCAAUCAAGUAAAACUUCUUAAGACCUCAAAGUCCAUGAUUCACAGACACAAAAAAGACCAUACACUUACAUUGAGGUUAUAAAAUAUGUGAUAUGCAAAUAAACUUUUUAUUUAUUUUUUUAAAAAAGCAAUCAGUGCUUUAUUCCAAUGCGAGGCUGAGGCAGAAUUCACCGAUCCUCAACACUUCACACUGGUCCCAAACAUACAUCACAUGACAGUUUCUGAACGCUUGAGACAGGACAUGUAACAGCUCACGUGACUAACAAAGUACGUUCACACGUGGGAACAGACUCGAGGUUUGAUUCUCAACCACAAUAAGUGCACAGGGUCUGCCGUGCGACAUUAGCGGCGGUUUUCAAGCUGUUCACAUUUACACACAAAAAUCUAAAUAAACAGGUAUAACCAUGAGGUAGCCCUGGCGAUAUUGCGGCCUUCUCUUAUUUUACAUUCGUACAAACGUCUAGUGGUGGUUUGAUUCAGUCUGUAUCCCUGCGUUCCUCUGUCAAAUAAAGGAAAGAAAAAAAAAAUCAGUAGUUAUAUUAAUUUAAAGAAAUGUAAAUAAAGAUAUUAAUUCACUGGAGAGUAGUUUGUUGUUUUUCAUGUAAACAAGUGAUGCGUGUUCAUCCAUGAGGAAGUCUGCCAUUU